AUUGUUUUUAUUUUGUACUUGUUGUCAGUUGUGCUUUUGUCUUGCUUUUAAUCAACAUUCGUUCCAUCGAUACGGAUUUCUGUUCCCCCAAUUAAUCACUUAAAAACCUCCAUGCUUGCAAACUGCGCGCCCGCAUGCGCAGUGAAGAAGCGGCGAAUUUGACCGGAGAAGCGCAGCCGAGCAAGAAGCACUCUGGGAAGGAAACGCUCCAACUGUGGAUGUAGCCGGAUAGCUAGCCUACUUACCGGACACGUCUUUCUUAUUUCAAGUUUAACUGUUCCCCUGUAAAAGCAUAAUAAUAAAUCGGGCACCAUUGAACUGGCUGUGUUUUAAAGUGGUCAACUUAAAAAAGCCUUUGACCAGCUGCCGUUUAACUUGCCGGGGAGCGGCCCUCGGAUCCACGGCCUGGAGUUUUUGAAGUGGCCGGAAGAGACUGCACUGAAAGCGCCUGCCUCACUUUUGGGGUGUCCGGAACAGCGGAGACAAGUAGACGUUCCUUUAGCAUAAAGAAGCAGGAUGGAGGCUCCUCCAGUCACUGUGAUGCCUGUUACAGGAGGAACCAUCAAUAUGAUGGAGUAUCUCCUGCAAGGCAGCGUUCUGGACCAGGCCCUGGACAGCCUCCUCCACAGGCUGCGCGGCCUGUGUGACAGCAUGGAGCCCGAGAGCUUCGCCGACUACGAGACGGUGUACCUGCUGAAGGGCCAGCAGGGCAACCCGUUCCUGCUGCGGGCGCGCCGCUCCCUGGCCCACCCCACCGCCCCCUGGCACCUGCGCUACCUGGGCCAGCCCGAGGUGGGCGACAAGAGCCGGCACGCGCUGGUGCGCAACUGCGUGGACGUGGCGGCCUCCCACAGCCUGCCCGACUUCCUCAACGAGAUGGGCUUCCGCAUGGACCACGAGUUCGUGGCCAAGGGCCACAUCUUCCGCAAGGGGGCGCUGAAGGUGGUGGUGAGCAAGCUCUUCCGCAUCCUAGUGCCGGGAAACACGGAGAACACGGAGCCGCUGUCGCUGUCCUACCUGGUGGAGCUGAGCGUGCUCGCCCCCGCCGGCCAGGACACCGUCUCCGAGGACAUGCGCAGCUUCGCCGAGCAGCUCAAACCGCUCGUGCACCUGGAGAAGAUCGACCCCAAGAGGCACAUGUAGGGGCCGCGCCCCGACGCGGGGAGGGGACAGGAGCGACCGCUACACAGGUGCCCUGUGAAGGGUGUGUGUCCUUCCGUAACAUGAGGGGCUUGACCUCACAAUCCGGUGGCUGCAUCUCCUUACUUUUACUGUGGCGAUACUGAAUAAUGGAAACGGUUGUGCUGGGGUUCGGUGCGGUGUCCUCAGCUGUGCAGAGCGGAGCUGUCCCUGGUUUCCUCUCACUGUGAGGGUUCCAGGUGGAGCGGUGGUGACGCCGCUGCACUUCCCUCGGCUGAGGCCGGAAACCUCAGGCGGACUGCAGACUGUGGGCAG